UUCAUACUUUUGCGCGUCUGGACUGCUUGUUAUCUGGUGCACGAUCGGGUUAUCUCAAGAUCAGUGCAUACGGAUAGCUCAUGCUGCGCUCAGCGCUAGCCUCAGGGACCACCCUCGUUUCCCCUUAUGGUGACUCCAUGGUGGCAUUCUGCAUAUAAGGAUGAAACAAUGCUAGCUAUUUACUUUAAGAAUUCUCGUCUUUAAUGCUGCACUGAGGAUUUCACACAAUGGACGAAAGCAAUGUCACCGUUCAAUUCAAAAUCGAACCACAUAUUAUUCCUGCGACAGCCAUUCAAAAAUCAGGGCAGUCUCCUGAUUGCAGUGGAGGGUUUGGCGAUUUUACAAACAAGGGAACAAUUCCAGUGUCACAGUCAUUUAUCACGAUAAAGGUCGCGGUCAAAGUCAUCAAGGUCUUGCCGGACGCAGGUAUGCAAACGUUACAAAAAAUAAGCAAGGAUAUUCGUCGGGAGGCCUACGUUUGGAUUCUAUUGUCGCAUGACAACAUUCUCCCUCUGGAGGGUGUUACCGAAGGAUUUGGUCCUCUUCCCGCGUUGGUCACUCUAUGGAUGGAAAAUGGAUCACUUGAAGACUGUUUGAGACGGGAGGUUGGUCUUUCGUGGGAAAGGAAGUUAAGUAUGGUAAGGGAGAUAGCAGCUGGUCUUCAGUAUUGUUUCAUUCCUGGUACUCUAUGCAGAAAUGACGGUUCCACAAUUUAGACCAACAUCCUAGUCAGUAGUGACGGGAGGCUCUGUCUCAGCGACUUCGGUCUCUCAAUGGUGCUCGCAGAAUCAGGCAACCCUACAUUUAACUCAUGUCGCGCGGGCUGUAUCCGGUGGGCGGCUCCGGAGCUAAUUGAGGAACAAGCCAAGCCAACUAUGCCCAGCGAUGUUUACUCGUAUGGUUGUACCAUGAUGCAGGUGUUUUCUGGCCUUCAACCUUAU